CUUCAAACUUUACUUAUGGUAAAACGUGAUUAUUAAAAAGAAUAUCUAUCUUCAUCGCCAGUGUUGGUAGUUGCAGGUAGGGACAAGCUCAGAGAGUUUCCAUGUUGCUUCCAAAGUCAACAGAUCAAAGCAGCCUCUUUGACCCUCCCAAAAGAAUCCAAGUUUUUGUUCUCAUCUCCAUUUUCAUGGCCAUUAUCCUAAUCAAUCACUCACUUUCCCUCAGAUUCUCCACACCCAUAUCCCAGAUUUCUCCAGAAUCCAACACAAACAUGGCGAAAUCGACUCCACCAAAUACCUCAAACCUCAAAAACCUUCUCUUUCUUCUUUCUCUCCUCUUCGCCUUGAUCAACCUCUCAAUCUGCGCUCCAUCUCCGUCUCCGUCACCGACUUGUCCUUUGAGUUUCAGCCAUGUCCAGACAAUCCCAUGGAACACAACCGAUUGCCGAAGCUACGAUACAUCAAUCGAGAGGAAGAACAGUUGCUGCCAAUCAGUCUUGACUCUAAUCGGAAUCCCUCUCGCUCAUCGUCUCAAGCAAACAUCCAAUUUCCGUCUCCCAAAUCUCGCCACCUCCGUCUCCUGCCUCAACGACCUCCAAAAGAAGCUCGAAUCCCUCUCUCUAGCUUCGAAUCUCACCUCCGUCUGCUUCGAUCCGAACCAGUUCGUCAUCAACAACGAGACCUGCGCCGGAAUCCAAACGACGCAAGAUUGGAUCUCCCGUCUCGGCUCCACGACGGCGCUAGACUCCGCCUGCAACAGUGGCCUCACAGAUCUCACACGAUGCGACGCUUGCGUGGCGGCGGGAUUUAGGGUUCAGAAACAGCUGAUUAGUUUGGACGGUAAUACCUCUCAUGGUGUCUACUGUUACCAUUUCGCUGUUCUUUACGCUGCUGGUAUCGUCAAUAAGAAAGGACCUGAGAGCGACGACGCUUUGUCUUGCCUCUUCUCUUUAAGCUUGACUUCUCCGUUGAGCUCAAUGAAGAAAAGACACACGGUGGCUCUUGUUUUAGGGAUAACCGGAGCUGUUGUCGCGGCUCUCGUUAUCGCCGGUUUGAUUGGUUUGUAUUUACGGUUCGGUAGAGCGGUUAAAGAGGGAGAAGUCGGUUGGGAGGAUCAAGAGUCUAGACCGAAAUGGAGACCAAACACUGGAUCGAUCUGGUUCAAAAUCGAGGAGCUCGAGAAAGCUACAAACAAUUUCUCUCAGAAGAAUUUCAUCGGUCGAGGCGGGUUCGGUUUCGUUUACAAAGGGGUUUUACCGGAUGGAUCGGUUAUCGCGGUUAAGAAAGUGAUAGAAUCAGAGUUUCAAGGAGAUGCAGAGUUUCGCAACGAGGUUGAGAUCAUUAGCAAUUUAAAGCAUAGGAACCUUGUUCCACUUAGAGGAUGUAGUAUGGUUGAUGAAGAUGGUGAGAGUCAGAGAUAUCUUGUUUACGAUUACAUGUCUAAUGGUAACCUCGAUGAUCACUUGUUUCCUCGAGUCGAGACUCACAAGACUCCAUUGAGCUGGCCUCAGAGAAAGAGUAUCAUUUUGGAUGUAGCCAAAGGUUUAGCUUACUUGCAUUACGGCGUGAAACCGGCGAUUUACCACCGUGACAUCAAAGGUACGAAUAUAUUGCUAGAUGUGGAUAUGAGAGCGAGAGUUGCUGAUUUCGGGUUAGCGAAACAGAGUAGAGAAGGUGAGUCUCAUCUCACUACAAGAGUGGCGGGAACACAUGGUUAUUUGGCUCCAGAGUAUGCACUCUACGGUCAGCUAACGGAGAAAAGCGAUGUGUAUAGCUUCGGUGUUGUUAUGUUGGAGAUUAUGUGUGGAAGGAAAGCUCUCGAUCUGUCUACUUCCGGGUCACCAAACACGUUUCUGAUAACGGAUUGGGCUUGGUCGUUGGUGAAAGCAGGGAAAACAGAGGAGGCUCUUGCAGCUUCUUUGUUGAGAGGAGACGAUGAAGUGUUGGGUGUCUCGAAUCCGAAAGGGAUUAUGGAGAGGUUCUUGCAAGUUGGGAUUUUGUGCGCUCAUGUAUUGGUUGCUUUGAGGCCAACGAUAUUAGAUGCAUUGAAAAUGCUUGAAGGAGACAUCGAAGUUCCUUCGAUUCCUGACCGACCAGUCCCGCUUGCGCAUCCUUGUUACCGCAUUGACGGUAACGGUUUCACUAUAUCGCCUGCGCUUAGUGGGCUAGAUAUACAUUCCGGAGAUAUGCUCCGAUAAAUUUAGAAAAGAUAAAGACUCAUGUUGUAUAAGGUUUAGAUUUUAUUUAUUUUGAAUGCAAAGAUCACAUCUUUUAAUAAGAA